UUCAUUUACAUUUCGUUACUAUGUAUUUUGCUACAGUUUGAGUUGCACGGUUACUUAAAUAAUAAGAAAAUGUUUCAUUCCUUUGUAGUGAUUUUUGUCUUCGUACUACUGAUUUUUACUCCAGACAAUGUAGAGACAAAACUUCAAUUAAGAUCAAGUGAAAUAAGACGAAGUAACAUGACAAAGUUAACUGUCGUUGAGAAAGAAACCAAUCGUCUAUACAAGAUAUUGAAUGAAACACGUGAGUUCCGUCUUUUAAGGUCUGAUAAUUCUUGUGAACAAUUGGACCCUAAAAUGCCGAACUUUAGGACACCGGGACGAAGGAUUAGUGAAGUUAAAUGCUUGGAACUGUUGUGGCAAAUUCGAUUCUAUGACGAACUGCUGAUAAGAACUGUACGUUGUGGACCUACAUUUGGGGAUAUAUUGGAUUUGAGAGUAAUCUUUGGAGGGGAUGACGCGGAGCCAGGAGAUUUCCCACAUAUGGGUGCCGUUGGAUGGAAGGCGGUAAGGGGGACGUGGAUCUUCAAAUGCGGCAGCACUCUCAUAAGCGACAAGUUUUUACUGACGGCAGCACACUGCACGCGCGCGGCUCGUACAGACACCAAGAUAGCAGACCCCGUACCGAAGAUAGUGAGACUUGGAGAAACUAAUAUUUUAGAUGAGAAUGAAAGCGGUGGUAUUCCCAUGGAUGUUGAAAUUUCAAGGUUGAUUGUCCACGAGAACUAUCGUUCGCCAAGCAAAUAUUUUGACAUUGCUCUCAUAGAACUAGAAGAGUCAGUUCUUUUUACUAUGAAAGGUCAUCCUGCGUGUCUUUUUACAAAUAACGUGGAUGAUAUAGAUGGCACCGCUUUCAUCACCGGCUGGGGACUUAUUGAAGCAGAUAGUGUCGAUAUAAAUCCGAAGCUUCAAGUGGCGGUUGUCGACUUGGUGGAUCACGAGCGUUGUGACAGCAUGUUGAAGAGGAAACGUAAUUACCGCUGGCGAGGACUGGCGCGACAUCAGCUCUGCGCUGGAGUACUCAAAGGAGGCGUUGAUACUUGUCAAGGAGAUUCAGGAGGUCCACUACAGAUGGAUAUAGAUAUGCCGUUCCACUCGGACUGGUCGAUGCACUUCGUUGCUGGGAUCACGUCUUUUGGUUAUGGAUGCGCGCGCGCAAACACUCCCAGUGUCUAUAUCAAAGUAUCAAGCUUUAUUGAUUGGAUCGAGAGUAUUGUUUGGGAGGAUGAAGAUGUUAAUGAAUAAAAUGAUGAUGUAAGUUACGUUAGUACCUUUGUACAGUAAACCUUGGGUUUGCUGCCAAGUUGUAGUGAAAAUAGGGUCUAAGUAAAACCGCCUGAUGUUUUGUAUUUUGAAUUUAAUUUACU